CAGUGCGUAAGGAGCUGGCCGUCGGCGGCCGUCCUCCGUAAGAUGGCGGAUCGGCGGCGGCAGCGCGCUUCGCAGGACACGGAGGACGAGGAGUCUGGUGCUUCGGGCUCAGACAGCGGCGGCUCCCCGGCGCGGGGCGGCGGGAGCUGCAGCGGUAGCGCUGGAGGCGGUGGCAGUGGCUCUUUGCCUUCCCAGCGCGGAGGCCGAGCUGGGGCCCUUCAUCUGCGGCGGGUGGAGAGCGGGGGGUCUAAGAGCGCCGAGGAGUCGGAAUGUGAGAGUGAAGAUGGCAUCGAGGGCGAUGCUGUUCUGUCGGAUUAUGAAAGUGCAGAAGACUCUGAAGCACACACAGAGCAGCCCAAGCUGAGUAGAGAUGAGCAGCGGAAUCGAGGUGCCCUCUUACAGGACAUCUGCAAAGGGACCAAGCUGAAGAAGGUGACCAACAUUAGUGAUCGGAGUGCUCCCAUCCUUGAGAUGAAGAGUUUCAUCUCUACCUGA